AUGCAACUAUGGAUACUUGGUUUUGUGGUUUUCUUAGCACCUGUGUCAGGAGAGGAUUUUCCGUCGCUGAUCACCGCGAACGCUUCUAUAGCUGUAGUAUUAGAUCGUCAGUACCUAGGAGAAAAGUAUCAAAUAAUUCUGGACGAGUUGAAAGAUUAUAUCAAGGAGUUGGCGAGGGUUGAGCUCAAGCACGGUGGUGUCAAUGUUUACUACUACUCCUGGACUGCUAUCAGUCUCAAAAAAGGUUUUCUAGCUGUAUUCAGUAUAGCAUCCUGUGAAGACACUUGGGAGUUAUUUUCUCGAACAGAAGAAGAGGAAUUAUUACUUUUCGCUCUAACCGAAGUGGAUUGUCCAAGGUUACCAUCACAUUCAGCUAUAACAGCCACAUUCACAGAUCCUGGUGAAGAGUUACCUCAGCUGCUACUAGAUUUGAGGACUUCUAAUGCUUUUCAGUGGAAGUCUGCUAUUAUACUCCAUGAUGACACUUUGAGUCGGGACAUGGUAUCCCGAGUAGUGCAGUCUCUAACAUCACAAAUAGAUGAUGAGAGUGCCUCACCUGUGUCCGUCACGGUGUUCAAGAUGAAACAUGAGAUCAACGAGUACUUGAGACGGAAGGAGAUGUAUAGAGUCCUAUCCAAGCUGCCUGUACAAUACAUAGGUGAAAAUUUCAUAGCAGUAGUGACGUCAGAUGUGAUGACGACAAUGGCGGAGACGGCUCGCAAUCUGGUCAUGUCACAUACGAUGGCUCAGUGGCUAUACGUCAUAUCUGAUACUAACGCACAGAAUGGGAACCUGAGUAGUCUCAUCAAUGAUUUGUACGAGGGAGAGAAUGUCGCCUACAUUUAUAACAUGACGGAUAAUAGCCCGGACUGUAAGAACGGUAUAAUGUGUUACUGUCAAGAGUUGAUGGAUGCCUUCAUAUCGGCGCUGGACGCGGCGAUACAGGACGAGUUUGACGUGGCCGCUCAGGUAUCAGAUGAGGAGUGGGAAGCCAUCCGACCUAACAAAUUGCAGAGGAGGGAUAAGCUUCUGAAGCAUAUGCAGCAAUACAUAGCGGCUAAGAGUCGCUGUGGCAACUGUUCGACAUGGCGAGCUUUAGCGGCCGACACUUGGGGCGCCACCUACAGGAGUUUCACUGAGACUAUUGAUAUAGUCAAUGAUAGCAACAUGAAUGCAACUAACAGAGUUAUUGAUAAAAUUGACUUAUUAAAUGUGGGAAUCUGGCGUCCUAUUGAUGCUGUGAGAUUCGAAGAUGUUCUAUUUCCACACAUCCAUCAUGGGUUCAGAGGGAAGGAACUGCCCAUCAUCACCUAUCAUAACCCUCCAUGGACGAUACUGCAACGAAACGAAUCUGGUGCUAUUGUUAAAUAUGGUGGACUUAUAUUUGAUAUUAUCAAUCAGUUAGCUAUCAACAAAAACUUUACCAUUAAAGUCAUAUUAGCUUCGGUUCUGAAGAAAGAGUUAUCCAAUGAUACGACUACUGAUAUGAUGCAUAGCAUGGAAGCUAAGUUGACUAUAUCUGCUAUUGCCAAAGGCCAGGGGGCGCUAGCUGCUGCCUCUUUCACUGUUUUAGCAGAUCCUGUACCAGGUAUUAACUACACUAUACCAGUGAGUAUACAGUCCUAUGCCUUUUUAAUCGCUCGCCCUCGGGAGCUGAGUAGAGCAUUGUUAUUUUUACUUCCAUUUACGACUGAUACAUGGUUAUGUCUAGGUUUAGCAGUGAUACUAAUGGGGCCUACGCUGUAUAUCAUUCAUAGAAUGAGCCCUUACUAUGAAGCCAUGGAGAUAACGCGGCAAGGAGGUCUUGCUACCAUACACAACUGUCUCUGGUACAUCUACGGAGCUUUGUUGCAACAAGGUGGAAUGUAUCUUCCUCGAGCUGACAGUGGCCGUCUAGUAGUAGGAACAUGGUGGCUAGUUGUACUCGUGGUAGUUACCACAUACUCUGGCAACUUGGUGGCCUUCCUGACGUUUCCCAAGCAAGAAGUUCCUGUGACGACUGUAACUGAUCUUUUAGCUAACCGAGCCCUUUACACUUGGUCGAUUAAUAAGGGAUCUUAUUUGGAGAUGGAAUUAAAGAAUUCAGAUGAACCUAAGUAUACAGCGUUGUUGAAAGGAGCUGAGUUGGUUUCACCUACUGUGGGCAAGUCGGGGACUAUGCCAUCGGGAUCCUCAUUGCUGCAGCGAGUUCGUUUCCACCGCCACGUGAUCAUAGACUGGAAGCUUCGGCUCAGCUACAUGAUGAGAGCAGACCGGCUAGAGGCUGAUAAUUGCGACUUUGCUCUUAGCGCUGAGGAGUUUCUGGAUGAGAAAGUCGCAAUGAUAGUGCCUGCAGGCAGCCCCUACCUCCCUGUGAUAAACAAAGAGUUAGAUCGCAUGCACAAGGCGGGUCUGAUUACCCGAUGGUUGGAGGCGUACCUGCCGAAGAAGGAUCGCUGCUGGAAGUCCUCGUCUAUGAUGCAAGAGGUGAACAACCAUACUGUGAACCUCAACGACAUGCAGGGCUCGUUCUUCGUACUAUUUAUGGGUUUCUUCUCAGCGUCAACGGUGUUACUGCUUGAGUUUCUAUACAACAGACGGAAACGACGGAGCGAACAGAUAGUGAUAAAGCCUUACGUUGAAUAA